CAUAUGUGUGACAGUAGUGGUCUUGAACGUUCAUUUUCGUUCGCCGCAGACCCACAAGAUGUCGCCCUGGGUGAAGAGGGUGUUCAUUCACAUCCUCCCUAGACUAUUAGUCAUGAAGAGGCCUACUUAUGUCUUCGAAACCAACAGCAAAUUUCUGGCCAACCGUUUCAUAACGAGGGGUAGAGAGCCCUCCACCUGCCUCUACCCCUACCACACCACCGUUCACAGGGAGGACUCCAGUCCCAAGAGGAGAUUCCCGAGCAGGACACCGAGCAAGGAAGACUUAUCUCCAAGCCUCGCCGACGGCGGUCCCUUCGGGGGCAGCUGCCAGAUCCACGGGCCCGUCGCCAUGGCACACUCGGAGUCGGAGGAGCUGGCCGGCCCCGGGGACAACGACAACGGCUUGAAGAGUCCGGUGCUGAGGAAUCCGGCGUACUCGCACAGCCGGUGUCCUCCGGAGAUUCACAAGUCCUGCUUCUGUGUCCGCUUCAUCGCCGAGCACACCAAGAUGCUGGAGGACUCGACGAAGGUGAAGGAGGACUGGAAGUACGUCGCGAUGGUGCUGGACAGGCUGUUCCUGUGGAUAUUCACCCUCGCGGUGCUCGUGGGAACGGCGGGCAUCAUUCUGCAGGCCCCCACGCUCUACGACGACAGGAUCCCCAUCGACAAGAAGUUCUCCGAGUUCGCCACCACCACCGUCGUGCGGUGUCCGCCCCCGCAAUAGGGGCGUACGCCCCCGGCGAGUGCCUACACUUCAUCCCAUCGUCGUCAUCGAACAUCACCACUGUUAUGUAAAUAUAAGAAUGUGUAUUUUUUAAGAUCGCCGACCAGGGUUCGCGUAGGGGCGCCCGGAUGCCCGACCACGCCUAAUUAUAUUUGUACAGGGUAAGCGAAAACCUUUCUACAAGUAAUGCUUUAAUACGCACCGUUGAAAUUUGUUCCAUGGUCUAUUUAACGGUAUGUUGAUCUUCCUGUUUUGUUUUUAUAAAGUGUUGGAUAAUUAUGUAUCUUUGGAAAGCGAUUUUUUUGGUUCUUCAUCAGCUAACAUCUUCAAAUUUUGUUCCAUGGUCGAUUUAAAGAAAUUUGGAUCUUGUUAUUUCAUCUUUAUAAAAUAUUGGGCAAUUCUGGACCUUUGAGAAGAUUUGUAAAUUUUACGCCAGUUGACAUAUUUAAAUUUUGUUCCAUGGUCUAUUUAACGAUAUGUUGGUCUUCCUGUUCUGUAGUUAUAAAGUAAUGGAUAAUUCUAUACCUUUUGAAGAGGAUUAUUCAGGUUUUUCAUUAGAUAAUUUCUUCAAAUUUUGUUCCCUGGUCGGUUUAAAGAAAUUUGGAUCUUGAUCUUUUUAUUUCAUCUUUAUAAAAUAUUGGGUAAUUCUGGACCAUUGGAAAAGGAUUUGUAUGUAUUACGCCAGUUGACAUCU